GGACUUAACUCGGAUUUUUGGCGCGAGGGAGCCAUGGCUGCUGCAGGGGGUCACAUCCAGCGUCUCCGUGAUGAAGUCACAUGCUCCAUCUGCCUGGAUUAUUUCAAGGAUCCAGUGACCAUCGCAAAGUGUGGGCACAACUUCUGCCGAUCCUGCCUGAUCCAGUACUUGGGGGAAUCGGAGGCAGAGGCUUCCUGCCCUCAAUGCAGAAAAACAGUUCAGAGAAGGGGUCUCAUCCCCAACAGGCAACUGGCUAAUAUGGUAGAAAUAGCCCAGAAUCUCAGCCUUCAAGAGGGGAGAGAAGAAGGAGGGGGGAAAGGGAGAAUGUGCGAAGAGGGAGAGGGAGAUGGAGGGAAAGGAAGAGUCUGCGAGAAACACCUGGAGCCCCUGAAACUCUUUUGCAAAGUCCACAAAGCCCCCAUCUGUGUGGUUUGUGACAGAUCAAAGGAACAUGAAAAUCACAAGGUGAUUCCUCUGGAGGAGGCUUUCGAAGAAUACAAGGGAGAGAUCUGCCGCCGCCUGGAGAUUCUGAGGAAAGAGAGAGAGGAAAUUCUGGCUUUUCAAGCAGAUCUGGACAAGGAAAGCAAAGACCUCCUUAAAUUAACAGAAAGGGAGAGGCUGAAGACUGUGGAGAAGUUCAGACAAUUGCACCAGUUCCUGAAAAAACAAGAAAAACAUUUGCUGAAUCAUGUGGGCGAACUGGAGAAGGAGAUUGCAGGGAGAAGGGAUGAGCAGCUGGCCAGACUCUCCAGGAAACUCUCCUCUCUUGAGAAGAUCAUCCAGGAGAUGGAGGAGAAGCGUCAGCAGCCAGCGAGUGAACUCCUGCAGGAUGUGAGAAGCACCUUGCAGAGGUAUGAGAAAAGAGAGAGUCUAGAGAAGCCACUGGCUUUCCCUCCAGAGCUGAGGAACAGGAUCUUGGAAUCCUGUCAUGUAAAUCACCUUGUGGAGGAUACAAUAAAAAAAUGGAAAGAUGCUCUGUUAUUCAGAAAACAGAUUCAGAAAGAUGUUCAGUCAUUCAGAAAUCUCCAGAGAGCAAAUGUCACUCUGGAUCCAGACACAGCAAAUUGCUGGCUCAUUCUGUCCAAGGAUCGGAAAAGCCUGAGAUUGGGUGACAGACCUCAAGACCUGCCCAACAAUCCUGAGAGAUUCAGCUACUAUUUUUGUGUGUUGGGACGUGAGGGAUUCACAGCAGGCAGACAUUUCUGGGAAGUCAAUGUGGGAAGUGAGGGAAUAUGGGCUGUGGGGGUUGCCAGGAAGUCUGUGGGGAGAAGGGGCUAUUUUGACUUAAGUCCUGAGGGGGGGAUCUGGGCUGUGCGGAAGUGGGGAGAUGAGUUCGUGGCUUUAACCUCCCCUGAUUCCUCUCCUCUGUCCCUGAAUGAGAAGCCCAGGAGGAUCCGGGUGACUCUGGACUAUGAAGGGGGACGUGUGUCUUUUUUUGACGCUGACUCAGGAGCCAAACUCUACACGUUCUCAGGAGCCUCGUUCUCUUCAGAGACCCUCCUCCCUUUCUUUUGUCUGUGGGAAAAUAAAACCCACCUCAGAAUCUCCUGAGGAGACUAAAUCUGCCUCUCAGGCCCAGUUGGGAGUUUCUCUCCAGACCAGAGUGACUAACAUAAAAAACAUUUACCCGCCAAGAGAACUUUGGGCAGUUUCUCAGGGGGACCUUUGAGAGGAUUCAUUUUCCUUCCUUUUCCUAUAAUUCCCUCUGCAGCUUACUUCUUCUUAAAGAGACAAUCACACUUUUAACAGUCC